AUGACUUGUACUGAAAACUGGACAUCUUGCAAUGGAUUCUUCCUUCUGACUCUGUCGCUGUUGGCUAUUGCUUUCAACUUGACUCCACUGAUUGCAGACUAUGUGGAGGAUGGCAGGCUGCUCCAUAGUCCCAUCUCAUGCUAUGAGUGGUGGCUACCAGGCUUGGUUGGAGGGGGCUUAUUAGUUCUGCCGGCUGUGUCAAUGACACUGGCUGCUCGCAAGAAAGGAAGUUGCAACUCAAGGGGAGGGAUGCUGGCAUCUUCCUUGCUGAGUAUCGUCACUAUCAUUGGAGCAGCCUACUGCUGUAUUAUCUCUCUCUUUGCUUUAGGACGAGGACCUCUGAUCUGUGAGACUGGAACUAAUGACCUGAACAGCUGUAAUUACCAAUUAAACAACAUCAGCUCCCACUCUUGGAAGAAUCUUAAUUUCAACCUUGUUUGGUUCCUGAACAGCACCUGCCUUCCAACUCCUGAUCCUAGCAAUAAAUCAGGGAUCAUCCAGCAGCGGAAUGUUGACCUGGAACUAAACGAAGACACACAGAAAAUUGUUCAUAUUACAGUAUUUGUAGCUCUGGCCGUUAUUGGGGUGUUGGAAGCCUUGGUGGGCAUAAGUCAGGUAGCAGCUGGUUUGUUCGGGUUCCUUUGCGGAACAUCAAAGAAAAGAAGGGAAGCUUAUGAAUAA